UUGCCUAUCUCUCAGUGGACUACCUUGUCCACUGAUAACAGAUAUCUAUCUCACAUACUAUAUCUUUUCUUCACCUGGGAUCACACCCUCAGUCACAUCAUACCCCGAACUGUGUUUUUACAAGAUCUCAACGCAGGCCCAAUGGAACCAGCAAGGUUAUGUUCAAUAUUUCUUGUCAAUUCUCUAAUUGCUGUUUCUCAUAUUUUCAUAUCGCAAGGAGUAUCAUCACAGCAAGCCCGGGAUUUACGCUUCAGAGGUCGUAUGUUUGCAGACGAAGCCCUACGGGUGCUUGAAGAUGAACGGCAGCGCCCGUCAAUAACCCUGCUGCAGGGGUUGAUUGUGCUCUGG